GGAUAUCAAAACACAUCUCAUUUCGACCCUGAUGGGUGUAUCAAAACACAUCUCAUUUCGGCCCUGAUGGGUGUAUUUCACCCAGCUGCCAUAAUGAAACGUCCUCCCGGUGAAAGGAUCCCCACGCAUGAGGACCUCAAGAUUCGCUUCCAAGUCUGGGGAGGAAGCCGGUGCAGUGUACUCUUGGUCGAGCAGAUGGUCAUUCCAUUUCAGACCGGCCAGAGGAGUGAAGAAGGGGGGAAACUCGAUGAAAACAAACUUUUCCUUCCAUCCCCGGUUGCUCUGGGGGACUUCGGAAAUGAACUUCCUACCGGGCGGCAGUGGUCGGGCACCUAUUGUUCGUACCACAGGUCUGAUUCCCAUAACACCUCCGAAUGCAAGAGUGUUAAAGGGGUCAUCCGGCAGAUGAUCGACAGUGGAGAGCUGGGCAAAGAUUACUUGCAGAAAGCCCAGGAGAAGAGUCAUCAGUGGGUUAGGCCAACUGCCCCAGGGAAUGACCGGGACAAUGACCGGCGGAGGAAUAACCGGCCAAGGGAGCGGCAACCUGCCCCCUUAAAAGAACACAUCAGCAUGAUCUUCGGCGGACCCGAGGGUGGAGAUUCAGCCGCGCAGCGGAAGAAUUGGGUCCGGAGCAUUUACGUUGGAGAGGUAAGUGCUGAACCGCCCAAGCGUAAGCAUACUAGGAGGGAGCCUAUCGUCUUUACUGACCGGGAUCUCCCUCCUACCGGUGAAGAUCACAAUGAUCCAUUGGUCAUCACCAUGGACAUUAAUGGGGUGGAUGUCGCCCGGGUACUUGUUGACACCGGCUUCACGGGGGACACCGUUGAAGCUGAAGGAUCCAUAGUUCUACCGGUCGAACUAGGAUCGGGUGAAAAGACCGUGUGGAAGAAGAUGCGGUUCAUAGUUGUGGACAUCAAAUGCGUCCACAACGCAAUUCUAGGAAGGCCAGGCAUCAAUAAAGUCGGGGCGGUGAUUUCCAUGCCUCAUCUAUGCAUGAAGUUCCACACUCCAGGUGGUGUGGGUGAGGUGAAGGGCGACCAGAGGAACGCCCGGGAAUGCUAUGCCCGGGCAGUCAAGAAAAUGACCAGGGGGGUCAAUGUCAUCUCCCAAGAGAUCACAAAGGGAGAGACCCGGGAGAAACUGGAACCCGAGGCUGAGACGGUGGAAAUCGAACUUCACCCGGCGGCAGGAUUGAUAGGUCGAACCUAUCCUAGGAGGGCUUCCUGGGUGGAUCGAAUCCACUCGGCUAAGCCAACUGAGACACAGGCCCGGACCUGGCACGCUGGUUACUACACCGGUCUUGCUCAGUAUAAUAGAAAAAAUAUCAAAACCCAGAAGAGGGGCCCGGAAGAGGGUAUGCCUGCAAGAGGGUUGGACCUGGAAGAGGGUUCGAACUGUACUUACACGGGCCCAUGAGGUUUGACUGGUGUCGGGGAAUCAGCCGGCGCCGUCAAAUUGAUUGGGAACUAAAAAGAUGCCCAUUAAAAGAAAUAGAAGGGGAUCGUCCACCGUGGCGCAUCCUAUGUCCCCCUUCUCAGGGAAGACUUGAACGGGGGGUGAGCUAAGGCCUUCCCGAGAUGGUAGAAAUCAAAGGGCCAUUAAAAGACUUAAUCACCC